AUAUAUACAUUGCUUACUGGUGUACACCGCUUAGAGAGUGCUUGCACUUAAAAGUAGUAUAUAAGUCUCCUAAAUAAAUAAAUAAAUUAAAAGGAGAACGUUCACACGGGAAAAGGCAUCACGAGUCACAUUAGGUUGUGGAAAGGUACAAUUUCAGCCAGAUAAAACCUGUAAAAGCACGUACAAUUGGAAAAGUCUUUUAUUGUUCACCCUGAGAAAGUCCCUUAUUUGGCAGUUAUUAUUUACCCUUAUCUUCUUCACUCAACCAUCCUAUUGGAAUUAUAUGAUCGUCAUUCUGUUGCUUUGUAUGUACACGGAGAGCUAGUGCGCUUGAGACAAAUUCCUUGUGUGUCUAUUCACACUUGACCAAAGUAAGUAUGCGAUUCAAUUCCUGAGAUAAACACUGUGACUGAAGGUCUUCUCACAUUCAGGCGUAUUUAUCAUUUUUGUCUCACAUGAAUUUUUUGAUGUCGAGGUAGGCCUCUAUACUCAGUAAAGCUCUACCCACAUUCAGCCUUUAUUACAGUGUUUCUCAACCUUGACAAUUUUAAGGCAUGUGGACUUCAACUCCCAGAAUUCCACAGCCAGCAAUGCUGGCUGUGGAAUUCUGGGAGUUGCAGUCCACAUGCCUUCAAAUUGUCAAGGUUGAGAAACACUGCGUUAGCACAACGUGCAAGCUGGCUAGAAAAACCUCCAAAUGGAGCACGGCCACCUGGCAGUGCGAACGUGUCUUUCCUGGGACCCCCAGCAGAGAAGGAGCCACAGCUGCCGCCCCGAUCCUCAUUCGGGGGCCGCCCUGCCUGGCCUGCUUCCCACCACCACCCCGGCUUGAUCCGGGGUCUCCGAGGAAGGGGGCCGACGGUUCCGGGGCUCCAGGGGUCAGAGCCAGCCUCCCUGCACGGACAGCCUUGGCCAGCAACGGCGGGGCGUCGGGUCCAAGCGGAGCGCCAGGAGGGCCCCGGGAUGCGAGCCGUGGGCCCGGCCUCCUCCCGACUCCCCUGGAUGGAAUGUGCGAAGAGCUUCAAUUGGAGGGAAAGGUUUUAUACACAUCAAAGAAUCCACACUGGAGAAAAGCCAUAUAAAUGCCUGGAGUGUGGAAAGAGCUUCAGUCUGGGGAGCAACCUUUAUGUACAUCAAAGAAUCCACUCAGGAGAGAAACCGCAUAAAUGCCUGGAGUGUGGAAAGAGCUUUACUGUGAAUGGAGCUCUAUAUCAACAUCAAAGAAUUCACACUGGAGAGAAACCCUAUAAGUGCCCGGAGCGAAGCGAGAAGUACAGGUACAGAAAGAUAAAACAAAAUGAAUUGGUUAAAAUAAUAAACUUUCCCUUUUACAUGUUGCUGCCUGGGUGUGUGGAGGAAAUACACCCAGUUUUGAAAACCUGGAUAGCUGCUAUGGACUCAGGCUGGUUUGGAGAGAUCUUUGGAACUGGCAAAGGGAAAAUUUUCUGCUUAUGUUAGCAUUUAGAGGUCUUUUGGUUUUUCCCAUCUUUGAUUCCUGUUAUCAGUGUUUCAGCGUGCAAACAUUUUCAGCUCCUCUGCUAGCAUCUUUGAAUGUAGCAAUCUUAAGCCCGGGCUGUGCGUUGUCACCCCCUCUCUGCUGCCUUUCCAGACGUUUCUGUUCCUCCUCCAGCAACUGGCCAGUGAAAUAACUCAUGGUUACGUCCUUCUCUUGCAUGGUCUCUAAACUGGUCACUAGAAUGUCCCAAGAAUUGUCCAAUGAACAGAGGACCAGGAGAGUUAGUUGGUCUCAUUCAGCCAAGACACAGCGAAACCUCCUCCCAUUACGCUGAUGGAGGCCAUGUUGCCUGCUUCUUCAAACCACCACAAACUACAACAAACCACAAGCCUCAACUCCUCUGGUUCUGGUACAAGCUUUCAUUGGGUUUCUCUUCUCUCUGGGGCCAUAAGCUGUCAGAGCGUGCAAACAUUGCGUGAGGUAACCCAAGAGUAAACACAGUAAAGACAAACUUGUAUCAAAUGGUGGUUUACCUUACACUGUCUACAAUAUCAUACACCAGGAACAAAUAUACAUACACGUGCUAAUACAGCAGGAUCCAGCAAACAGCAGGAGGUGGAAGAGAAGAGAGAGAAAGACAUUCCAGCAAAGCCUACCUUUUAUAUUCAGGCUCUUAAAGGGAGACAGACCAUGCUGAGUCAUUCCCAUCAUUGCACCAUACACCUUUCAUUAAAAUUAUAUUACAUAAGCUGUUCAACUAUUAAAUCAAUACCUUGACAGUUGUGGUUUUUUUAUUAAAAAGCGAAAAAGUAUAAAUAGAACACUGAGGGCAUCCAAAAGACAACUUCAGAAUUUUAAAUAUCUGGGACUGUCCUACAUGCUAGAGGCAUUUGGAAAACCCCUAUUGAUUACAUGAAAGAAUUAGCACAGAGAAGUCUUUCAUGACUAAGGCAAGGAAUGUUAUUUCCCGCAGCACUGAAAUUUUGAGUUUAUGGCCCACAUACUUUACAGCCACAUUGUUCCAAUGAUGGAGUGAAUAUCUUUGUGAUAGUAACAGGGAAUGGAAUUGAAUACAAUUGCACUCAUAGGUUUGCGCAUCCUUUGCAGAAUUUGCAAGAAUGUGGAUUAUUUUGUAAGAAAUAUCGGACAAAACACUUAAAAACAUGUAGUGUGGAUCAAAUUAAACUAUUAUGUCUCACAAGUUAGGACAUUAAAUCAUCAUAAUACAAGAAAUAGUAAAAUGGUUGUUCCCACGACUGCAUAUCCUUGAACAUUUGGGCCAAUAAUACUGUAUACACUCACUUUAUUGUUGAAUGACAAUAAAAAGUAUCCACAUCUCUUCCUUAUUGCAUCAUAAUUAGCUCUGUGAUAAAUAUUUAAGGGGGUUCUUAGCACUAGAGCAGGGGUGUCAAAUUCAUGUCACGUGAUGUGUCGUGACGUAUCCCGGCUUUUUUGCCAUUGCUGACAAGGGGUGCAUGUGGUUUUGCUAUGAUGCAUCCGGCCCAUUGGCUGACUUUUUGACACCCUUGCACUAUAGAAACCGUUGUGCAUGUCAUCCAGGGCUGCACUGGAUUUGCUGGCUACAAUUGGCGGUAUAUUAGCCACGAUUAAUCAAUUUCUGUUUAUCUCCCAUGUGGGUUAUUGGGUGAUUUUUCAGCUGCCUGUAAGGUCUUGUCUCAGCUAGUCCUUCAAGAAAGCAGAACUCUUGAAUCAAGAGUCAUUUCAAAAGGAACUUUUAUUGAGAGAUAGUGAUUGCAGAGAAAGCAGGCAGGAUCUAAAAUUCCCGUGCGAAAACAACAGCUUAAAACCCACGUUUCAAAAUCCUUCCCAACCGCCCAGUUUACAGGGAGCCAAUGCAGAGGUGCAAAGGUGUUAUGAGAACUCCGAACUGAGAAGGUAAGAAGUUGUUCUCAGAGGCUGAGAUCCUCGGGAGCUGAGACAAAACAGAUGGCCCCAGGCUCAUCCUUCCCCCCUCCCAUCCCCAGGAAGAUAAUCAAUGGAAAAGAGGAACAGAGUAAAAUGGAUGCAUCACAGAAAAGACCCCAAAGUCCCCCCUCCCGCCAGAAGGGCAGCGUCCCUAUAGGGAUCUAUGGGGAGCUGACACUGCCAUUUGUUCUGAAGGAUUCAGCACACUCUGGGUGCAUUUAUAAACUUUCUGCUGAGCGUAAAUUUGUAAUUUUUAUUGAGACCUAUUUUGAGUGAACCUUUUCCAAGCACCAUGAAUUUUUAGGGGUUUUCUCCCAGGUGAAUUCAGAUCAGGAAGAAUUUCUCAUUGUAUUCACACACAGUACAGAUUUGUGCUUGUUGUGAAGAAUUCUCCACACUGAAGGCAUUUAUAUGGUUUUUCCUCACGUGUGGAUUCUUUGAUGCUUAGAAAGACUUCCCCUCCCACUGAAGCUUUUUCCACACUCCAGGCAUUUAUGUUUUCUCUCCAAUGUGAAUUCUUUUUUUUUAAACAAAAUUUUAUUAAGUUUAGGUAAAUAAGGAAAAAUAGGAACAAUACAGGUAUGGUAA